AUGGCGACUAUUAUAGGGAGUCGUUCUGUUAGACCAGUAGUUAAUCUUCCAGACACGAAGUCUUCAUCGAGAAGCCGUCUUUCAGAAUCACCUGGGAGCUGCCUUCCUUCUGGCGGAUUUAACGGAUUUUGCGGUUCUAAGCUGAAGCCGCCUUCCACCCAAGCCGCAAAACAACGGUCGUCGGGUCCCUUCUGCUGUUUUGCUAAUGCUUCAUGGAUGGAAGACGACUUCGUGCCUCAACCUUCCUUCGCACACAGAUUGUCGAGAGCAUGGCAAGUCGUGUUUCCCACGCGAAGGAAAGGACCAAGUGUUGCGGAGGUGGCGAAGGAGAGAUUGCGUCUAGUGCUUUACAGCGACCGCGAGGAAUUCCAUCCCAGAUUAAAGAAGAAGCUCUGCGGAGACAUCGUGAACGCCAUGGGUGAUUUUUUGGACGUUGCUGUGGAGGACGAAGACGAUGUGAUUUUCAGAGUCACCAGGGACCCCGUGGUGGGCUCGAUUUACAACGUCAGCGUGCCGGUGAAACGGGUGAAGCCAGCGCUUCAGAAAGCAUCAUAA